GAAGUAAAACCAAAAAAAUAAAAAGUAGAAGAACCCCUCCUCCGGGAAAUCCUAAACGCCUCGUUCAGACACGGAUUCAAAAUUCGUCAACAAUCUCAGCGGGGUGUUUAGAUUUUUCGUUAUAAUUUCUUAGGCUAGUAAUUGUAGAGUUAGAGAUUAUCAUUACGUUUUUGUUAAAUUAGAUUAGGUUUUAAGAAAUUUUCAUCAAUCAAACCAAAUCGUCUUCCCCAUCAUGGCUGCUUUGAUGCAUAAGUUGAGGACUUUGGAUGCUUAUCCCAAAAUCAAUGAAGAUUUUUACCGCCGGACCACCUCCGGUGGUGUUAUUACUCUCGCCUCCUCCAUCGUCAUGUUCUUGCUUUUCUUCUCCGAGCUCCGAUUAUAUCUUCAUCCUGUGACUGAAACAAAGCUUGUGGUCGACACUUCAAGGGGAGAAACUCUACGUAUCAAUUUUGACAUCACAUUUCCUGCCCUUGCAUGUUCAAUCAUAAGUCUUGAUGCCAUGGACAUAAGUGGGGCAGAACACCUUGAUGUGAAACAUGACAUAUUUAAAAAAAGAUUGGAUUCUCAUGGGAAUGUUAUAGAAGCAAGACAAGAUGGUAUUGGUUCUCCUAAGAUUGAAAAGCCUUUACAAAGGCAUGGUGGCAGGCUUGAGCACAAUGAAACAUAUUGUGGUUCAUGUUACGGGGCAGAAGCGGGGGAUGAUGAUUGUUGUAAUUCCUGUGAGGAAGUUCGUGAAGCCUAUCGAAAGAAAGGUUGGGCACUGUCAAAUGUAGACUUGAUUGACCAGUGCAAAAGGGAGGGAUUUCUUCAGAGGGUCAAGGAUGAAGAAGGUGAAGGAUGCAAUAUUUAUGGAUUCUUGGAAGUUAAUAGGGUUGCGGGGAAUUUCCAUUUUGCUCCUGGAAAGAGCAUUCGUCAAUCAAAUAUUCUUUUACACGACCUGCUGGCAUUUCAAGGGGACAAUUUUAAUAUAAGCCACAAGAUAAACAAAUUAUCUUUUGGAGAUUAUUUCCCUGGUGUCGUGAAUCCUCUGAAUGGUGUUCAAUGGACCCAAGAAACACCAAGUGGGAUGUAUCAAUACUUUAUAAAGGUUGUACCUACCGUGUACACAGAUACAAGAGGGCACACUAUCCAGUCAAAUCAGUUUUCUGUAACAGAGCAUUUCAAAAAUCAAGAAAUAGGUCAUCUACAGUCCCUUCCAGGAGUCUUUUUCUACUAUGAUCUUUCUCCAAUCAAGGUGACUGUGUUGGAGGAGCACAUCUCAUUCCUGCACUUCUUAACAAAUGUGUGUGCCAUAGUUGGAGGUGUUUUCACUGUUUCGGGAAUAUUGGAUGCUUUUGUAUACCAUGGUCAAAGGGCAAUCAAGAAGAAGAUGGAACUCGGCAAAUUUAGUUGAUGAUCCACGGAUAACUGUUGGAUCGGGAAUUGAAAUCAAGUGUAAACACCAUGGCAUGGACUCUUAUCUGUUGGGCUAUGAGCUUAUAAUUCCAAAUUCCCAAUUGAGAUUUCGGGGACACGUGUUCUGUCUUCUUUGGUUGAAAGACUGAUCUCAUGGUAAAUUUUAUGCAUGUAACUGCCUCGUUAACAUUUCUGAAAUUAGAACGAAAAUUCAUCGUUUGUAACAAUGGUGUUCAAUGUCAAUACAAGUUUGGAAAGCCAACAGGGUAGCAAUUCACAUUUUGUCGACAAGAUGCAAGGAAAUAUUCUGACUACUGCAAUGAACAGUGCUUGUCAAUUUGAAAGGAUGGAAUGCUGUUUUAUUUAGCCCUAGAUAUUUUUCUUUAUGCAUCUUAUUGAUGUUUGUUUGUGACCUAAUUGAGUUCUAUUUUGAUUAUUGAGACACCAUCGACAGAGAGGGAACAGGGAAACAUCAUCGUUGUGGGCUCUUUCCUUUAAUAAUUGCAAAUGCUAAAG